ACAAUAAUAUUUUCCAUCAGAAUAAGUGGUUCAUGAAGAAUAAGUGAAUAUGACUAUUACUACUAUAGGGGUAGUAGAACAGCGUAACAAAGCGUAACAAUAGUAUAAACAAUAACGUGACCGUGUAUCAUGACGCCAUGUCACGCGUUUCCGUACCCGGGACUAAGCCAAAUCGGGCAUGCGUCAACACAACAUCCACGCGCGGCGCGUUGGCGCUUUCGAGUCCCCCCCCCAAAAAAUUAUACUCGGCCAGAACUACGGUUACUCUCUUUCAUCCUCAAAAACCUCUUUCCGUUCUCAAAGCUCUUUAUCCGGAUUCAAGAAUCAACUUCCAUCGUACCUUAUUAUCACUGGUUGCGAUCCUUUUUCGGAACUUAAAACAUUCUUUCUUCCUUUCUCUUGGUCCUCUUUCGCCUCUUUCGUGUCGCCUAUACCGCAAUUUCCCAAUUCGAUACUUUUCCCACUCGCCCCUCCCUUUUCGCGACAACUCACACCCUCCUCUCGCUUUGGUCGCUAAUAAUCGACAUACAUACAUUUCUCGCGUGGCUGUCCAGUUAAAAAAAAAUUUCUUUUCUUUUUUUUUUUCUCUUUUUUUUUGGAGGGGCGCCUUGUCUGUCGACAUCAUACCCCUUGCGCGCGCAGUCUGUCCUCCCCUCCUUCCUCAACGGAAGGGAUAGAUAACCGCUCCCUCUUCGCUGCGUUUCGCUUGCCGCCCUUUCUGUUCGUCGUCUGUCAACAGCCUCUUUUGUGUGUCUCUGUCUCUUACACCGACUAAGAGAAGAAGCACUAUCGCCUUCCUCGCUUCGUUCCUGCCGAUUCCGCGCAUUUCGCGAAGAAAAAGAAUAGAAGGCGCAUCGCGGUUGUCACUUCGAAACAUUCCCGCAUCGCAGGUUGCGCCUACCGUCUCCCCGCUGCAAACAAUUUCCUGGCGUUUCAGCGCGCGCAUACAUUAUAAUCGUGUCGUGUUUGCCCCGCGUGUCGCGCGCGCGCGUUUUGUGUGGCCUAAGCGCAUAGGAGGAAAAUAUUCCCUAAGCGCAUCGAGCCUUUUGGCGUCAUCGAAUUCCUCCGGCCUCGCCAUG